AUGGCCGCCGUUGAGAUUCAUAACACGACUGAAGCGAAACAGAGAUUGUAUGACGCUCUCGACAUUCUCGAUGCAAUCUCCGCCUAUUCGAUCAAUCACCAGUUACCUAGCAACCAGCUAUUCGAUAUAGAUGUCCGCAAACGACUCCAAAGUCUAUAUACAAAGCCCCCAUCUCCUAUCUAUCAUCGGCUAGAGGAAUCAGAUGAACUCAGCAAGGAUGAGAAAAAAUCAUUGUCGCCGUAUUGUUACAAGAUCGAAGUCUCGGCCGGUGAUUUCGACGAUGUACUCGGCGGGUUGGAAGCCCACUACAAGCAGAUGAAUGCUCAGAACUUGGCUAGCAAAGGCGAACUCAUCGACACUAUCAUACGUGGCGGUGUAUCCAAGACUAUUAGGUCUGUUGCUGGGAUACUGGAUGUGAUCGGUAGCUUGGCUCUUUGGCAUAUUCGGGAAGUGGAGGCAAGGACCUUGGCUACCCAGCGCGGGCAUAAGCUCGUCAGCCAGGAGGACAAGAGCAACGCUGCCACGGAGAUGUGGCAGUAUCUGAGCAGCUACAACAGCGAUGCAGACAGAGCAAAGUUGGACGCGCGGAUCAGCGCGGGCAUCCGGUGGAACAGAUUCCUAGGCAGAAGGGAGAUUGGCACAAUUGUUGCAGUGUAUAAGCUGCCUCUUAGUUUGAAAUUUUCGACGAAGUUGAUUGUUAAACUGGCACUCAUUGUGACGGACAUGCCGGGGAUACUGGACCGAGCGAAGAAAGCUACGCCUUGCUUGAAGAAGCUACUGGAUUCGAGGCUCGGGCCAUGGGCGGGAUCCAAGAAGAGAGAAUUACCAGUCCAACGCGUGCCAGAACUGAGCCCAAAACGUCGUGGGCCUGGUACUGAAGCCGAAUCGGGUACUUCUGGCGGCAACUCCAAUUCGAUAUGGGCACUGUUAAAUGCGGCAGAGCACAUUACGGCGGCUACACAAGGUCAGCAGUUACCGUCAGUCAGAAGUUCAUCAACCACAGAUCGGAUAGCCUUGACUCCACCAGAAUCACUGGUACCAGCAGGAAGUCAUCUAUUCGCCAGUGAAGGAGUGCUUCAUAGCUCUGGAUGGGAUACUAUCGCCAGUGGCCAGCCAGAAAUUCGGAGCGAUAGAGAGGAGUCGAGGGGUUUAGAGUCACAAAGCGAGGCGCUCGACCCACCUAGAAAACGAAUGCGCGUUGAUUCAUUUUCACUAUCUAAUGAAAAUGGGGGAUCCAUCGUGACCGCUGAAGCCUCGGCAGGUGUAAAUCUACAGGCGGAAAACGUAUCAAGUCUCGAUUCAUCCGUUUCCCAACUAUCAGGUGGACCUAUGUCUGACCAAGGAGGCACGACUAAGGAGACGAGUCCUGGGGAUGCCAACUUCAGCGUGCCGCGGGAUGAUCAUCAUGUUGAAGCAAGUGAAAUGAAAAUAGCUGUGAUGGCUGAGAUGGACAAAUUGGAGAGUCCUCUUGGAGGCUACGUUUUCAAAGGUAUAAAUACGAGCUGUAUGAGAUAUCGAGAGGAGGAGAGGCGAUGUAUGAGAUUUACCGAUACUGUGCGUCUGCAUAUUUGUUAUCAUCGCGUAGGUGAGGAUAUCAAGUUGGAGCUUAGGAUAUGUCGGUCGAUCGGGGAAGCUAUUUUGCGAGCAAUGAGAUCGGUCAAAGAGUUAAUGGACAUACUUGGUGACUAUCUUUUCGAAGGUAUGAAAACCAGCAAUUGGAUGAAGGAACAGGAGAGGAAGGAAAUAUACGAUUUUAGUAACGCUGUUUAUGUGUCCUUUCUCGACGAAGAUAAUGGCAGCGAUUGCAAGGUAGAAGUUCUAUUGGGUUGUAAGAUAGGAUUGGAUUUUUAUAAAAAUGCAUUUCCUUAG